AUGGCGAGGUCCCCGUGCAGUGGCGGCAGCGGCAGGCGCAGCAAGUCCUACUGGAUGUGCAGCUGCGGCGAGUGGAACUGGGACUGGCGCACCUCUCGCCUGGGCUGCGGGCAUGCGGCCCCGCCAUGGGCGACGGGGACGCCCCCGCCCAAGGCGAGGCCCAAGGCAGACAAGGACGGCUGGGUGGAUCAGCCACGUGGGCGCCGUGCCCAGAGGCAGGCCCGCGGAGCGGCCUCGCGGGCAGCAUCCACCAAGUCGCAGACCUCGGCCUCGGCAGCAAGUGGGACGCCCAGCGGAGGAGGCGCCACGGCGAUCGAGAGGCUCCAGGCGGCCGUCGAGCAGCUCGAGGCGCUGCAGGCAGAGCCCCCAGACGGAGUGGAUGGCUGCUUCACCGACGUCGUGGCCAGCCAGCUGGAGGCGAAGCGCACGGAGCUGGUCAAGGCCCAAAAGGCUGCAGCGGAGCAGAAGGCCUCGUCCCUGCCACGGGCGACGCGGCUCCACAGGGAGGCGAACGCCAUCAGCAAGGGCGAGAAGCGGCUCCGGGCAGCCCGCCUGGAGCUCGAGCAGAAGCAGGAGGCGCGCGACCUCGUCGAGGCCCAGCUCCACCAGGCCCAGGAGAAGCUCGCGGAGCUCGACGAGGAGGUGGAGGAGGCGAGCCUGGCGCUCCAGGCGCUCGAAGAAGCAGCCCGCGAGGAAGCCGAGGCGAUGCGCCGCCAGCGCGCAGCCGAGUGGACAGGAGCCAGCCAGGUACCAGGGCUCCUCAUGCAGCUGGAGAAGUUGCCAGAGGCGUGGAGCACCAGCAACUUCGAGGUGGCCUGGGCGGCCAUUCGCGCCCAGAUGGAGGCAGUGCGGGCGCAGCUCGAGGGGGCACCAUUGGCCUCCAAGCGCACGCCGUGGGCCGAGUCCUGCCCCAUGGAGGAGAGCAGCAGCAACGUUGGCGGUCUCGCAGACUGCGGCGGCGUCUGGCAGCCCCAGCCAGCAGCGGAGCGAGGCCAAGCCGAGCGGUGCGGCAAGGCGCUGGGCGAGUGGCCAACGGUGGCCCAGGCGUGCAAGCGGGAGCUGGCGGCAGAGGCAGCGGACCUGGCUCCCCUGGCUGCUCAUCCUGCUGGCAAGGUCGUCGAGAGCGGCUGGGCGGGGCUCCGCGGCAUGGGCGUCCUCGUCCCGCCCUGGGACCAGGAACGCGCUGCAGGGCCCAGCGGUGUCCGCAUCCUCCUGAGCACUGGAGAGAACUUAGUUGGGGGCAUCGAGUUCGGCGCUAGCGAGUGGAUCGAGCCCGUGGGCAGAGCAGGGGUACCUGAACCUCCUGAGGCGAUGGCCAGGAGUGCGGGUCCGCAGCUGCCUACCGUGCAGCCACUCAGGGCGCGAGCUCAGAGACGUGAAGAGGCGGCGGCCAGGGGCGGGGCAGCCGCCACAUGUGUGAGCCAUACCUCGGCCGUCCGCGAUGUGGUGCAGGCCCAGUGGAUCGGCAACUGGCACCUCGAGUCGGAGAGGUACACGGUCAUGGACCUCGGCGGCACUUCCAACCCCAUGUUCCUCGAGCCGCGGCCGUGGCCAGGAGUCGAGGAGAACGCGACGCAGCGGCGAGCACGAGGAGGAGGUGACGGCGAACUCGACAGCGAGCAGUACGUCAAUGGCUGGGCCGCGAGCAGCGGAGGGCUCCUUCCUGCCGAGGGGAACAACCUUGUGGCUUCAGCGGCGGCAUCGGAGGCCCUGCAGGCUGGGGAGGUCCGCGGCGGCGGCGCUCCAGCUGCGCGGGUCCGCCUGGAGGACAGCCGCUCGACGGGGAGCAGCGCGGCAGCCCUCUCGGCCACCGCCGUCGCGUUCAGCGUCCUGGGGCACGUGCUCAGCUACGCCUGCGUGGACGAAGGAGAGGAUACCCAGGAGAUCGUGGCGUGCACCAAGUGUGGCGCCUACAAGGUGCUGGGCGGACACGCAGGAGGCAGGACUCGCCUGAAGAUGCAGUGCCCAGUGCCCAGCAACCUGACCAACAAGUCGAGGGACCAGCGCAGCCUGUGGGAGCGAGGGCUCCACCCUGGUGGCAGGCCUCGAAAGGACAGGCAGAGGGCGAGAGCAGAGGGCAUCCCUGCCUUGCGCUUAGGACGCGUCCCGUUCUUGUCCGGACACAGGUCUCCACUCGUGCAUUCUGCGCUCGAGCUGCCGAGCGGCAUCGGCAUUGGACGGCGGAGCCAUUAG